AACUUAGAAGCAACGCUACACGCUCCUGCUUAAGCGGGCGGGAAAACAAGAUCCCGGGCGACGAGCUUGAAAAGAAAGCUACCAACUGGUCGGUGGUUUCUCCUUAUAAAAGACACAGCCGAGUGGGGUUUCUUGGCGUUUAUUCUCAUCGGCUUUCUGCUACUCCUGGGGGGACUCGAAUUUGAUCUGCUCCUCCGUCUACGUAAUUCACUGUUCGCCGUCUCUCUGUAUCAGGCAGCGCUUCUUAUUAGUCGCCUCGGAGUUCCGUUCCGUCUAAGCAACAAUGGCCGGUUUUCCCAAUCGUUUUGGACAGACAUCAAGUAGCCCUUUUGGGUCAUUAGGCUUUGGCCAGGCAAGUGGUACUACCAAGAAUCCUUUUGCUCCCACACCCUUCGGUGUUCCAACCCCUUUUGGCUCUCACGCUGGGAAUUCCAUGUUUGGGGGAACUUCAACAGGUAAGUUCGGUGCACCAUCCUCAACCUUCCCAUCUACAACAUUUGGGUAUGUCUCGCCAUCUCCUGCAUUCGGAAGCUCAAUGCCUGCUUUUGGAGUAUCUAGCACUCCUGCUUUCGGUAAUUCUCCGCCAUUAGUCGGGGGGUCAUCUGCCUUCCAUCAGAAUUCUGGUUUUGGAGGAUUUGGGUCGAAUACAACUCCAAGUCCAUUUGGAGUCACAAACCAGCAAUCACAGGGGAGUAGCUUGUUUGUUCCAAUGGCACCUUCCAGGCCUGGCCCUGAGCUUGGAUUCUAUGGUACUAGCACGCCUGUCUUCGGUUUGGCAAGCACCCCUGCCUUUGGUUCAACAAACACCCUAGCCUUUGGUGCUGCAAGCACUCCAGCGUGUGGCACGACAGGCUUCCAAUCAUUUGGAUCAACAGCAAAUCCACCAGCUUUUGGUAGCACAGGGGUAGCCUCUGGUGUGUCUAGUACCCCAGGUUUUGGAUCUUCAAAUACUUCCAUUUCUUGCUCAUCAAGCACUCCAGCAUUUGGGGUAUCACAUCCUCAAAACUUUGCUGCAUCUAGUACUCCAUCAUUUACCUUCGUACCCAAUUCAGCUUUUGGUCAGUCAACUGCUGCAUUUGGAAGCAGUCCCUUUGGAGCACAGAGUUCUACAUAUGGGUCCCUGCCGUCAACACCAAGCUUUGCAAGCUCAGGCUUUGGACAAGCACCAGUUGGUACACAGCGAGGAGGAAGUAGGGCAGUGCCCUAUAUAGGAACUGCUGACACAGAAGCCACACGAGGGCAGCCUGAGAAGUUAGAGUCAAUAUCAGCCAUGCCUGUCUACAAAGAGAAAAGCCACGAGGAGUUACGAUGGGAGGAUUAUCAAUCUGGAGACAAAGGUGGGGCGCUUCCCUCUGGUCAACAAUCUGGCCCAAUAAGUUUUAGACCGCCAACAGCACAGUCAAACCCAUUUGGUCCUUCAUCUACAUCUGCUAGUCUUUCUUUGAGUAAUCCAUUUGUUCCCAAGGGUUUUGGACCAUCAGCUGCCUCAGCUUUCAGUUCUUCAGCUUUGAGUGCUUCAACGGAAGUUAAGCCUUUUCAGUCGCCCUCAUUUCCAUCCACAUCAAGUGGUGCAUUUGCUACCACAUCUCCAUCUCUCUUUGGCCCAUCAAGCUCACCGAGUCUUAGUUCUACACACUCCCUGUUUGCUUGUCCUACUAAAGCAACAUAUCCUACCGUGGCUCUUCCCAACUGUUCUUCUACAUUGUUUGAAGUGCCCAUGUCUUCGCUUGCACAAGCAGAUUCUGGAUUUCGACCAACUACCUCUGUCUAUGGACCGAGUUCCACCUCUACAUUUGGUCCAUCAAACACAUUCAGUACCCCGGUGGAAGGAAGCAUUUCCUCAGGCUUUAGUUUCAUGCCAUCCCGCUUUACUUCUUCUGCUCAAGGAACAACUUCAGCAUUUAAUCCUACCAUGGCUUUUCCCAACAAUUCUCCUACACCGUUUCAAGCAAUCACACCUUCACUUGCACAAACAGGUUCUCUAUUUGGACCAACUACCUCUUCCAUUCAACAGAGUAGCCCCUUGAUAUUUGGUCCUUGCGGUAAACCAGCCAGUUCGCUUCAAGAACGCCUUUUCUCAAGCACUCCAUCUUUAUUUCCUUCAGCCAACCCAGUCUCUGCUGCAGCAACACCUUUUCAACCGGGUCCAUGUAGCUUUUGCCUGUCUCGAGGUGGGGCAAGUUUGUUUGCUGAUGCAUCUGGUCAGGGCCCAUUAUCAACACCAUUUGGUACUAGAACGGUACCUUAUUUGGCAACCGAUCAGGCAGAGUGGGGAAGAGAGCAGCCUGAACAUAUGAAGUUUCAUUCUAUAUCCGCCAUGGCUGCCUACAACAAGAAGAGCCAUGAAGAGCUGCGAUUUGACGAUUAUCAAUGGGGAGAUAAAGGUGGACCGAAUCUCUCUGGUCAAGCUCCUGGUGAAACUGCUUCGACAGUCGAGUCGAACCCAGCUGGUCCAUCAUCGGCAUCUGCACAAUCUUCGGCUAAUCCAUCUUCUUUGCCAGCCCCAGCUAGUCAGUCAUCUGCUCCAAAUGUCAAUGCGCUGUGCUUGGUUUUUGUUUUUUGUUCUCUGAAUCAGUAGGGUGCUCGUCAAUGGUUGCAUAACACGCUCUCAUGUGAGAAUGUGCAGAGUUAGGAAAUAGAUAGUAGACUUCAACAUACAAGGAUUGGUUUAGUUGAGCGAUUUCGGAUUAUGCGCUCUUUGUUCUGACGCCAAUAAUAAGAGUUUUGAAGUGCAAAAAGGUUUCUUUGUCUGAAAUUCCCAUUACUGUAUGGUUCAACUUUGCCUCGUGCACAUUUUCUAAAUCGAUUCCUUCCUCC